CCCCCGCCAUGGAUGACCUGAACCUGCACUUCAGGUUCCUGAACUGGCGCCGGCGGAUCCGGGAGAUCCGGGAGGUGCGGGAGGGCCGGGACCGGGACCGGGACCGGGACCGGGAUCGAGACCGGGACCGGGACCGGGACCGCGAUCGGGCAGGACUGGGAGGUGUUGGGGGGCACUGGGGCAUGUCGCGAUGUUUGGGGGCCCCCGUUCCUGACACCAUCGAGGGCUGUUCUUCACAAAAUGGGGGGCCUGGGGGUGCCCUUGUCCCCGAGCCCCCCUCACCCCGACUCUCUCAAUUGCAGGUGGGGGGUCUGGGGGUGCCCCUGUCGCCCCCGGGGCUGUUCCCAGCUGUGGGGCUGCACUCGCUGGGGGAGGAGGUUCGGCUGCACCUGCCCCCGCCCGGGCCGUCCGAGGACGAGGGGGGGGCCAUGCUGGUGGACAGCCUGGAGGAGGAGUGGGGGAGGCUCCAUGACGUGCAGCUCUGUGGUUCUGUGCUGGAGUACGUGGGGAAGGGGAAGAGCAUCGUGGACGUGGGGCUGGCCCAGGCCCGGCGGGGGGGUGGAAAAUUGAGGUGCACGGAUCUGGGGGGGCUGGGCAGCCUGCAUUGCCCUCACCUCCCUCCCCUGUGCCCCCCCCAGGAUUACCCCAAAAACCGUCACCCCGGCUGGAGCAGGGGCUCAGUGGCCUAUCACGCGGAUGAUGGGAAGCUGUUCCACGGCAGCGGGGUCGGGGAUCCCUUUGGCCCCCGCUGCUACAAGGGCGACGUGAUGGGCUGUGGGAUCAUGUUCCCUCGGGAUUACGGCCGGGACAGCGAAGGUGACAGCGAUGACUCCUCGGAGCCCCCCGAGGUGAAGGUGAAGGUGCGCAACGUGAUGUACCUGGAGGAAGAGGAGGAAGAGGAAGAGGAGGAGGAAGAGGAAGAGGAGGAUGGGGAGGACAUGGAGCAGGAGCAGGAGGGCAGGAAGGUCGUGGUGUUCUUCACGCGGAACGGGACGGUCGUGGGGCGCAGGGAGGUUGGGGUCCCCCCUGGGGGGCUCUUCCCCACCGUGGGGAUGCUCAGCACUGGUGAGAGGGUCAAGGUGGACCUGCACCCCCUGAGCGGAUAAAGGGGGGGCCCGCGUGGGGCCCCCCAACACCUGAAACCCUGCGGUGCUCCCGGACCCACCCCGGGCCCUCCCAGUGCACUUUAGGGUGUUUCCACAACAGUGGAGACCCCCCAGGUGGUUUUUAGGGGGUUCACUCCUGCCCCCCCCAAAAUUUUGCCCUUUGAGAGCUCUUUGGGGGUGGGGGUUCCCCAAGUUAAUCCCCCCAUUGACCCCUCAAAACUACCCCACUGUUGCCCCCCAAGGUGGUUUUUGGGGCUCUCAGCCAUGGCCUCUACCAUAUUUUUGGGGGACCUAUUCCUGCCCUACCCCCAUGUUUGUGGGGGACUCAAUCCUGCCCCCCAGUGACCCCCCCCAGGUGGAUUUGGGGGUCUCAGUCAUGCCCCUUGCACCAUGAGUGACCCUUGUGCUCCCCAGAGUCCCCCAAACCCCCUUUGACCCUCUCCAGCCCCCCCAACCCCU